AUGUUUAUUUUUUCAUUUUUGAUUGGACUUAGUUGGUCUAUCUUUAGAAUUGUUUUUUCUGAUCGAAAUGAUAAUGGUUUCGAAGAACAGAGGUCACCAUUGAUCUUUUGUUUUGUACUUAGUGCAAAUGAUCGUCAUUUAACAUCAUCACAAGCAAUUCUAUAUAGUUGGGGUAAACGAUGUGAUCGAUUUUAUUUUGUUACACGUCUCCAAAAUACUAGCAUUCAAUUAAUGAUGUUAGAACAUUUUGAAAACACAAGUGAUGUAAAAUCAACUACAAUAACUCAAAAUACAUUCGAUGUUCUUUCAUAUAUUCAAGAAGCAACACUGUUUUCAACGUAUCGAUGGUUUUUACGCGCAAGUGAUGAUUCAUUUGUUAUUAUACCGAAUCUUCGAAGACUUGUUAGUCAAUUAGAUAAUGAAGACAUAUAUCGUCCAUUAGCUUAUGUUGGUGAUGUUGAACAAAUGUAUGAAAAAUAUAAUAUAGCAACAACUGGAUCAGUUAUGUUAAUUAAUCGUUUGGCAAUAAAUCGUUUAACAACAGGUGAUCUCGAAGAUGAUGACAAUGAGUUCGAAAGACAAAAAUGUCUAACAGAUAUGGUCUAUGAUCAUGAAUUUGUUAGAUGUAUGAGAAAAAGUACAAUUAUAGUAAAUCCUAUGAAUGAUAAUUUGAUUCUUUCGCAAAAUUUAUCAACUUACAAAAUGGAUAAACGAUUAAAGGGUACAUGUUGCAGUCCAAAUACAGUUGCUUUUCGUUCAAGCAAUGAAACAGACAUGUAUAAAUUUGAAUUUCUUUAUCAUAGACUUGAUCCAUUAACAAAAAUAAAUAAAUAA